CAGGUAACAGGAAAAAAAGCAGUAAGGCGAGGAGAGGAAAAAAAAAAAAACUCCAGGGCUUGUUAUGGAGUUCGUGUGAACGAAACGCGGAUUUCCACCCUUCUUUACCAGUUAAACCAGUAUCUCUGGAUAGAGCACACUCAAGUACUUCAACAGUUUUUACCCUUGUGGUCCCUGAUGGCUUCGCACAGUGAUACUCUGGUGGUGUUCUUUGGGGCAACAGCUGGUGCAAAUGGGGGUAAACUGGGUUCGGAUGAGAGGGAAAUAAUUCUCUUGGUGUGGCAAAUUGUGGAUCUACAUGAGAAAAAGGUGGGGAAGCUUCAGAGGUGUCUUGUCAAACCAGACACUUUGGAGCUGACAGACCAAUGUAAAGAAGAGACAGGACUGACUGUGGACGACAUUAUCAAGGCUGAGCCCCUGGAUAAAGUUCUGCAACAGUUUCAGCAGUCGGUGUCAUCAGAACUGAAAAGUCUCGGCAGAAGCUCUUACACACUUUGCGUCCACAGCCCUUUGGUCAUCCGACAAGCCCUCCACCCAGAAGCCUCCAAAAAGAAUCUUGUCCUUCCUGAAUGUUUCUUUUCAUUUGUGGACGUGAAGAAAGAGUUUCACAAAUGCUGCCCCAGCGCUGGACCAGUGGCGAAGCUCACACUUGCCUCCAUGUUGGAAUAUGUGGGUCUCCCUGCUGUAUCAGAGCAGAUGUUUGGAGUGAGGGAGGUGAGGAGCAUGGUGCAGCUGACACUCUGCAUCCUGGCUGAGCCCCACAAUCACAAGUUCUCCUGUGUAGAAACUGUGAAGUACAAGUUUGAUUCUGGCACGUGUAGUAAGACGGAACCAGUGGACAGUGAGACCGUGAUCAGAGCUCGAGGGCUCCCAUGGCAGUCAUCAGACCAAGAUAUUGCUCGCUUUUUUAAAGGCCUCAGUAUAGCAAAAGGUGGUGUGGCAUUGUGUCUUAACGCUCAGGGCAGGAGGAAUGGCGAGGCUUUAGUUCGUUUCAUCAACUCUGAACACAGAGAUCUGGCCCUGGAGCGUCACAAGCACCACAUGGGCAGCCGCUACAUUGAGGUGUACAAAGCAACAGGAGAGGAAUUCCUCAAGAUCGCUGGAGGUACAUCUAAUGAGGUGGCCCAGUUCCUGUCCAAAGAGAACCAGGUGAUUAUCCGAAUGCGGGGGUUGCCAUUCACCGCCACACCCCAGGAAGUGCUAGCCUUUCUUGGUCCAGAGAGCCCAGUUACAGACGGCACUGAGGGUCUGCUGUUUGUCAAGUAUCCUGACGGGCGGCCCACCGGUGAUGCCUUUGUGCUUUUCUCCUGUGAAGAGUACGCACAAAACGCCCUGAAGAAGCACAAGCAGAUCCUUGGGAAACGGUACAUCGAACUGUUUCGGAGCACUGCUGCUGAGGUCCAACAGGUGCUGAACCGCUACAUGUCCACACCUCUGAUCUCCACACUGCCCCCCUCACCCAUCGUUCCAGUACCGGUCCUUGCCACGCCUCCCUUCCUCCCAGCAGCCAGCAGCACACGUGACUGCGUCCGUCUCCGCGGCCUACCAUACACUGCUGGAAUCGAAGACAUUCUGGAGUUUAUGGGCGAGCACACAGUUGACAUCAAACCUCAUGGAGUCCACAUGGUCCUCAACCAACAGGGCAGACCCUCAGGCGACGCUUUCAUCCAAAUGAAGUCCCCAGAGAAGGCAUUUAUGGUGGCCCAAAAGUGCCAUAAAAAGACGAUGAAGGACCGUUACGUGGAGGUGUUUCAGUGCUCCACAGAAGAGAUGAGCAUUGUGCUGAUGGGAGGAACUCUGAACCGCAGUGGCCUCUCGCCUCCACCCUGCAAGCUUCCCUGUCUGUCUCCCCCUACAGCCUACGCUGCCUUCCCCACCCCUCCUGCCAUCCUCUCUGAGGCUGCUCUCUACCAGACCCCCCUGCUGACAGCUCCCAGACCGGCUCAGACCACAGCACACAACCCAGCUCACACACUGGCCUACUACCCCCAUCAACCACACCUGUACAUGAACAUGAACAUGAACUACACAGCGUACUACCCCAGCCCUCCAGUCUCUCCCUCCACAGUUAGCUACUUCACAGCUCCUCCAGGAGCAGUGGCAGCAGUUGCAGCCCAACCUCACCACGCUGCAGCUGCUGCUUCUUCAGUACUGCCUCAGCCGGGCGCUCUGGUCAGGAUGCAGGGUCUGCCCUACAACACUGGAGUCAAGGAUAUACUGAGCUUCUUCCAGGGAUACCAGCUCCAGCCAGACGCCGUUCUCAUCUUGUACAACUUCAGUGGGCAGUGCAGCGGUGAGGCCUUGAUCACCUUCCCUAGUGAGGAGAUCGCCAGGCAGGCCGUAGCAGAGCGCUCCAACCACCCCUUCUACGGCCAGCAGGUCCACCUGGUGGUCUGUAACUGACCUCAAGCCCAUCCUCCUUUAACUUCCUGUUGGAGAACACAUGUCCUUGCAGCAGCAGUUUUACCAUACAGUUACAUUUAAACAGCCAAUCCCCUUUUCCAUCAUUGACCAUUUGUCAAAACAUUUGACCCUGCUGGCCCUGACACUCCUGAAGCCGCUUUCAGAGUUACGAGAUCUACUGGUGAAGUCCUAAAAGCUUCAUGCCACUCUGGAUGUCAAACUCGAGCAUUUUUUGUGCAGAUGAGAUGAUGUGAAGCUUGGACAACCUAUAUCAGCGGCUCUGCACAGCCAAAUCUGCAUGUAUAUUUAUAUCCUCUUUGUAUGAAUGUGAACAGAUGUUCUUCCUGAAAUGCUUGAGGCUAUACAGACCACUUCUGCAUUUCCAUCUUUCUGUAUAUUUCUGAAUUUUCACUCUUGACUACUACAAGAUUUAGACUUUUUCAGAAUUUAUGAUCCUUUGUGUUACCUCUAUGCAAAGACAGAUGUGUGUGAACGUGCAUGCACAUUGUUUAAGUUAUAACCCUUCAGCAGUGUGGUGGUGCCAUUUAGAAAAGGGAGGGGAGAGAUAUCAAAACUGACUCAGCAGAGAAAAUGUCACACUGCACUUGCCUCGACUGUCAUGGAUUAAUUUGACUAUGCUACUGAAACAACUAAUUUGUAACUUUAUAUAUUUGAGCUGAACAGAAACAUUUGUGUGAGUAGAUGUACCUUUUUCAAGCACUAGGUUAAUUUUCUCCAUUAGAGUAGACAGAGUUAAAUAGAAAACCUUUAGAGAUGAUUCAGUUAUGUGAUGUAUAAAGACUCAGGUGUAUCCUAUAAUUAUUGACCUUUCCUUUUUGUCUCCAUCUAUUUAUAACAAUUAGUCUGUAGCAUGCUUUAAUUCCUGCUGAAGACCAAGUAAAAACUAUAAAUGUGUAAUAACUGCAUGAGUUUUUUCCCCUCUUUGACAGGCCUGCUGACAGCUGUUGUAGUUUUUUCACUCUUUACUGUGCCUACAUUACCCAGAGUGCAAUACUGGCCAAAAACAUAAAAUGAGGCUGUGUCAACCUCUGGUGGCAGAGGAGAUACUUGUUCCUUUUGUUGCAAGUUUGAGACUUGUAUGAAUUUUGAUCUGUGUAUAAAACUGUAAACAAUAAAGAUGUUGACAAUGA